CCUGCGGCAGCCCCCAUGGCCCACUCCCAUGAGCACUCAGCCUGUGAGGGACCUUGGAGAGGCUCUGUGUUCUCCCCCACUCAGUGACGGGGAGCUCACUACCUCGGUUUCCAGAGCUGAGAUUUCCUUUCAUGACACCUCUGCCGUUCUGACCCGAUUCUGUCCUCGGAGUCACCCCUGGAAUAGGGCAGCCCUCCUUCCACAUGGUGUUUGGAGAUAUCAAUAUAGCGCCCUCGUCUUCUCAGUGCGGACUCUUCACCCUCUCACACCAGCCCCCUGGGUCUGAUCCACUCUGCCAGGCCCUGCUUCUCCCUGUAUCAAGGGCUCAUCUCCUCACUCCUGACCCACUACCCUUGGCCUGGCCUGGCUGUGAUCUCGGCACAUUCUUUCCAUCUUAUCAGUCCUGGUUUCUGUGCCACCUGUCAUCACCCAUGGGGCUCUGUGCCCAGGCCAGAGGCACCACUGACCCCGCCUUCCUCCCCUUUAGAACAGUGUGUGGGCGGGGGUGGGGAGGAGGGCUUUGAGCUCAAUACGUCAUGGAAAGUUGCCAGGACCUGAGGACAGGGACAGGAACAAUCCGAUGGCAGCAGCAGUGGUGCUGGCGGGAUGGGGAGGGUCAGAGGGAGGGCGUGUUUACAGAUCCAGGGUUGGGGCUUAAAGCAGCCGGGAGCAGCCCCGGGGACCUGGGAGUUGGAGUUGAGAGGCCUGGACAUCUCAGGCUCCGGUUGGACAGAGACCAUUCCUGUUCAGACUCCCAUCUCUCAGGAGAGCCGGGGCUCUGGGGGGACAGGGCUGAGGCCUCAGCCCGUGUCUGGGGAAUGACGAGCCAGCUGGAGCUCACGGAGCCCAAUGGGGCACUGAACUCCGGGCCCUGGGAUGCCGAGGGCCUGGGCCCCUGGAGGGCUCCAGCUCAAAGCCCUCGAGACUCGCUGGCCUCAGAGGACUUGGAGAUGUUUGUGCGGGACCUUGAGGACUGUGACCCGUGGGAGUCUACCAGGGACCAGCUGUGCCCCAUGGCAGGGGGACCAGCUGGCCACCGGCUGGAAGACAACCCUGGCAUGCGGCGGCACCUGGUGAAGAAGCCAUCCCGAACACAGGGCGGGAGGGGCAGCCCCGGUGGCCUGGCCCCCAUCCUGCGCAGGAAGAAGAAGAAGAAGAAGCUAGACCGGAGGCCCCAUGAGGUGUUUGUGGAGCUGAACGAGCUGAUGCUGGACCGCAGCCAGGAGCCCCACUGGCGGGAGACGGCGCGCUGGAUCAAGUUUGAGGAGGACGUGGAGGAGGAGACAGAGCGCUGGGGGAAGCCCCACGUGGCCUCGCUCUCCUUCCGCAGCCUCCUGGAGCUCAGGAGGACCAUCGCCCAUGGCGCCGCCCUCCUGGACCUGGAGCAGACCACUCUGCCGGGCAUCGCGCAUCUUGUGGUGGAGACCAUGAUUGUGUCUGACCAGAUCCGGCCAGAGGACAGGGCCAGCGUCCUGCGCACCCUGCUACUAAAGCACAGCCACCCCAAUGAUGACAAGGACAGUGGCUUCUUUCCCCGAAACACUUCCAGCUCCAGUGUGAACUCGGUCAUGGGGAAUCACCACCCCACCCCCAGCCAUGGCCCUGAUGGGGCAGUGCCCACCAUGGCCGAUGACCUGGGGGAGCCAGCCCCACUCUGGCCUCACGACCCUGAUGCCAAGGAGAAGCCCCUCCAUAUGUCUGGGGGAGACAGUCACCGGGGGAAAAGCCUGAAGCUGCUGGAGAAGAUCCCCGAAGAUGCUGAGGCCACUGUGGUGCUUGUGGGCUGUGUGCCUUUCUUGGAGCAGCCGGCAGCAGCCUUUGUGCGGUUGAACGAGGCGGUGCUCUUGGAGUCUGUGCUUGAGGUCCCCGUGCCCGUCCGCUUCCUUUUCGUGAUGCUGGGGCCCCGCCACACCAGCACCGACUAUCACGAACUGGGGCGCUCCAUCGCUACCCUCAUGUCGGACAAGCUGUUUCACGAGGCUGCCUACCAGGCCGACGACCGGCAGGACCUCCUGAGCGCCAUCAGCGAGUUCCUGGACGGCAGCAUCGUGAUCCCCCCGUCGGAGGUGGAGGGCCGCGACCUGCUGCGCUCCGUGGCCGCCUUCCAGCGGGAGCUGCUGAGGAAGCGGCGGGAGCGAGAGCAGAACAAAGUGGAGAUGACCACCCGGGGAGGCUACGUGGCUCCUGGGAAAGGGCUGUCGCUGGAAUUGGGGGGCUCUGAGGCGACCCCUGAAGAUGACCCCCUGCGGCGGACCGGCUCGGUGUUUGGGGGACUUGUCCGGGACGUGAAGCGCCGCUACCCGCACUACCCCAGUGACCUGCGGGACGCUCUGCACUACCAGUGUGUGGCCGCCGUACUCUUCAUCUACUUCGCUGCCCUCAGCCCUGCCAUCACCUUCGGGGGGCUACUAGGGGAGAAGACCGAAGGGCUGAUGGGAGUGUCUGAGCUGAUCGUGUCCACGGCCGUGCUUGGAAUCCUCUUUUCUCUGCUGGGGGCCCAACCGCUGCUUGUGGUUGGCUUCUCAGGGCCACUGCUGGUCUUCGAAGAAGCCUUCUUCAAGUUCUGCCAAUCCCAUGACCUGGAGUACCUCACCGGCCGGGUGUGGGUUGGCCUCUGGCUGGUGGUCUUUGUUCUUGCUCUGGUGGCCGCUGAGGGCAGCUUCCUGGUCCGCUACAUCUCGCCUUUCACCCAGGAGAUCUUCGCCUUCCUCAUUUCUUUCAUUUUCAUCUAUGAGACCUUCUACAAACUCUAUAAGGUGUUCACGGAGCACCCACUGCUGCCGUUCUACCCCCCUGAGGGGGCAGUGGCGCCUAGGCUGGACCUGAAUGGGAGUGCUCUGCCUGCCACUGAGGGGCCACCAGGCCCGAGGAACCAGCCCAACACGGCCCUGCUGUCCCUCAUCCUCAUGCUUGGGACCUUCCUCAUCGCCUUCUUCCUGCGCAAGUUCAGGAACAGCCGCUUCCUGGGGGGCAAGGCUCGCCGCAUCAUCGGGGAUUUUGGCAUCCCCAUCUCCAUUCUGGUGAUGGUCCUGGUGGAUUACUCCAUUACAGACACCUACACACAGAAGCUGACAGUGCCCACGGGGCUCUCGGUGACCUCCCCCCAUAAGCGCACAUGGUUCAUCCCGCCUCUGGGCAGUGCCCGUCCUUUCCCGCCCUGGAUGAUGGUGGCAGCUGCUGUCCCCGCCCUGCUGGUCCUCAUCCUGAUCUUCAUGGAGACACAGAUCACUGCGCUCAUUGUCAGCCAGAAGGCACGGAGGCUGCUCAAAGGCUCCGGCUUCCACCUGGACCUGCUUCUGAUCGGCUCCCUGGGGGGACUGUGUGGGUUGUUUGGGCUGCCCUGGCUGACGGCUGCCACCGUCCGCUCAGUCACCCAUGUCAAUGCACUGACUGUCAUGCGCACCGCCAUUGCGCCUGGAGACAAGCCCCAGAUCCAGGAGGUGCGGGAGCAGCGGGUCACUGGCGUGCUCAUCUCCAGCCUCGUGGGCCUGUCCAUCGUCAUGGGGGCUGUGCUGCGCCAGAUCCCGUUGGCCGUGCUCUUUGGGAUUUUCCUGUACAUGGGGGUCACGUCGCUGUCUGGCAUCCAGCUGUCCCAGCGUCUGUUGCUCAUCUUCAUGCCAGCAAAACACCAUCCCGAGCAGCCCUAUGUAACCAAGGUGAAGACGUGGCGGAUGCACCUGUUCACCUGCAUCCAGCUGGGCUGCAUCGCCCUGCUCUGGGUGGUCAAGUCCACGGCGGCCUCGCUCGCCUUUCCCUUCCUGCUGCUGCUCACGGUGCCUCUGAGGCGUUGCCUUCUGCCCCGGAUUUUCCAGGACAGAGAGCUGCAGGCGCUGGACUCUGAAGAUGCUGAACCAAACUUCGACGAGGAUGGCCAGGAUGAGUACAACGAGCUGCAUAUGCCCGUGUGAUUCUCCGACACGGUGACCCUGAGAGACCCCGACAUCUCAGUGACUGAUACCUGGGCCCCUGUCAGAGCCCAGCCCCAAGGCGGGCGGGGGUUCCUCAUGACCCAAAGACGUGCCUGGAACCACUACUGAUGCCACGGCCAGAGGGGCCCUGACUGCCCGAGGCUCUGACCUUAUCUCACCAGGCCCCUUCACAGACCGGCACAGGCUUUGAGCUCAUUAUAACCACACCCCUCGUCUUGUGUCUGCUUCA